CACUGGUGGGCACAGGUUGGUGGGCACAGGUGGGUGGCACUGCUGGGCACAAGUAGGUGGCACUUCUGGGCACAGGUGUGUGUGAAAUUGCAGAGUGGCACAGGUGGGUGCACUGCUGGGCACAGGUGGGUGCACUGCUGGGCACAGGUGGUGCACUGCUGGGCACAGGUGGGCGGAACUUGUGGGUGGCACUGCUGGGCACCGAUCAUCAGGGCACUGAUCAUCAGUGCCCUGAUGAUCGGUGCCGAUCCCCGCUCUGACAACUGCCGGUUCUCGGCAGUACUUUCCUCACGAUCUGACAGCGUGAGGAAAGUGCAGCCGAGAACCGGCACUUGC